AUGGCUCCAGAAGAUGUCAGAAAGAACGCUGUUGCUGCACUGGAAAGUGUACCAGUUGGCACGACCCCUGACAAGAUUCAAAAUGGCAAGGACUUCUACAAGUACUUUUUCACUAAACAUCCAGAGCUUCGCAAAUAUUUCAAAGGGGCUGAAAGCUUCACUGCCGAUGACGUUCAGAAUACCGACAGAUUCGUCAAACAGGGAGGCAAUCUGCUCACUGGCGUGCAUGUUCUCGCCAAUACCUUUGACAAUGACAUGGUCUUCCGCGCAUACGUUCGCGACUUGAUGAACCGACACACUUCGAAGGAAAUUGAUCCCAAGCAGUGGAAGGACUUCUUCGGUUGCUUUGAGAAGUUCCUUGAGGGCCGGGGUAAACCACUAACUGCUGACCAGAAGGCUGCAUUGGAGGCAAUUGGCACCAAGUUCAAUGAAGAGGCUCAGAAACAUCUCGCAACUCUUGGACUCCCUCACGCUUGA